AUCCAUUUGGUAAGAAUUGUAUACGAAAUCUCUCUGAUAAAGUGGCGCUAAAACAAUCAAUCAAUCAAGCAGUAAGAAUAGAAUAGUAUAACAUAACAUCACUAUUAAAAGAAGAAGAAAAAUCUACUCUAAAAGGCAAAGUAGCAAGAAAAGAAGGAUGUCGAGUAUUUACUACUAUCAUCAGAUAGCAUUUGGAAGAGUAGCAAUGGCCGCUAAACCCUCAGUUUUCAGAGCUGACCAUCCCUUCCCUCCCGAUCUCUCCACCGACCGUUCCAUUUACCCCCGCGGUGGCGCUGGUGGUCCCUCCUCCGCCUCUCGCCGCCGCGACCUCGUUUUCGUCGUCAAUCCUCGAGGUGCGAACGGUAGGACGGUUAAGGAAUGGAAGAAGUUACUUCCCUAUCUCAGGUCCCGCCUCGGUACACACUGCAAUAUAUGCGAAUCCUUGACUUCAGGUCCUUCUCAUGCAAUUGACAUAACUAGGGAGGCUAUACGGGAGGGUGCCGAUGCUGUGGUUGCAGUUGGAGGUGAUGGAACCCUUCAUGAGGUUGUUAAUGGCUUCUUUUGGGAUGGGAAACCUGUUGCUAAUCCUGAAGGGGAGCUUAUGCAUUCAACUGCACUUGGUCUCAUACCCUUAGGGACUGGGUCUGAUUUUGCCAGAACGUUUGGAUGGAAAAAUGAUCCUCAUGAAGCUGUUGAACGCUUAGCUAAAGGGUUGAGAUCAAGGGUAGAUGUUGGGGUUAUUAGUGGAGAAAGUGGAGAAUCACAUUACUUCAUAAAUGUUGCUGACAUUCAUUUGAGUGCAAAGGCAGGCUAUUAUGCCUCUAAUUACAAGAGAUUUGGAAAUUUGUGCUAUGUUCUUGGUUCUUUGCAGGCCUUUAUGGGGCACCGUAAUGAAGACCUCAGAAUCAGGAUCAAUGAGGGUGAGUGGAAAGUAUAUUCCCAAGUGACAGCCCUUUGCAUAGGAAAUGCUAAAUAUUUUGGUGGUGGCAUGAUGAUUACACCAAAUGCUGAUCCUUGUAGUGGAAAUUUUGAGGUUGUGAUUCUUCAGGACUUCAAGUGGUAUGACUUUAUACUUAAACUACAUAGGCUAUACAUGGGAACCCAUUUAUCGGUGAAAAAUGUAUCUUCGAGAAGUGUGCAUUCCAUUGAAGUGGAGGACCUCUCAGGCCGUGGCAGCAUAUACAUUCAAUCUGAUGGGGAACAUUUAGGUUUCCUUCCUAGGAAGAUUUGUAUUUUACCUUCUGCUAUAGAGAUGAUAUGCUGAUACGAGGUCUGGAGUACUGUCUAAUUAAUGCACAAGGUUACUCAUCUCAUUUGCUUGAAGUGAUUCAUUUCUCCUGCGAGUCUUUAGAUUCCUUUGUCCUUAGAUGUAUCAGGGGAAAAGCAGAUUGAGAGAAACAAACAACUAAACCAAAGGAAAGUAAUCUGUGGGAGUCCUUUUGAGGAGAGGGAAAGGAAAUCACAUGAAUGGAAUUGAUUAUAAGAAAUCCCUAGCCCAAAAAGAGAAGAAUAAAGAAGCAGUUCUAAAAUUUUGUCUGUUACAGAAGAUACAAACAAAGCAAUUUUUCUUUUCGUUUGGAUUUGGCAAUUCCAAGUGGGUGGCCCAGUAGUUUAGGUUUGGUGCUUGCUUUGACAAAUGUUGUGAAAUGUAACAAUGCCUAUGAGGCUAUGACAUGGCUUCUAGCAGAAACGAGCUGUUCUUGUCACUAGAAAUAAAUUGCAUUUCAAUUUUCUCUC